UACAUAAGGGUAUUUGAGAGAGAGAGAGUCCUACUUUUUUCAUAUCUGUAGUCUGUAACGCUAUAUUAAGAGGGACCCUUUCCAGCAAGCGUUCAGUAGCCUUUUCCAGACCGUUUCUCUCUCUCUCUCUCCACUUUUUUUGCUUUUGUGUUCAGUUUUCACUGUUUCUCUGUCCCUCCUCCAUUUCUGUCUCAUUCCCACUUCAAUUAAAAUUCUGCUGUAACAAAUUCUUCCAACUAGCAAAACCCUUUUUCCGUUUCUUAAAAACCAUUGAUACCUACCUUAAACAUGUCUCCAUACACAUACAACCCAGCUCAUUUGAAGCCCUCACAAGCAAAUCUACAAGCAUUUUGAUAACAUAUUUCUGCCAAUCUUUAUUCAUUUCAGCUUCAAUUCUUUUGAGGUCUGUAUUUCUACCUGCUUUCCUCUUUCUGUAUUUUCCUCUUUCUUUUGUGGGUUGCCUUGAAUUCAACUCGGAUUACGAGUACAACCCAUUUGCUGUAUACAUUAGGUUUUUCUUGGUAUGUUGGUUUUGAGAGUGUUUUGAAACUAGGGCUAUAAUAGGUUUUGCACUGCUUUCUGUUUCUUGAAUCUUCUUGUAGGGGGGAAAAAUGAGAGACUUCCCUUCUUGUUUUGGUGAAAAUGGGGUACAAAUUUCUGAUUCUUCACCCUCAAUCACCACUAGAACUGCCCAAAAUCUAGUUGCUUGUGUCUACAAAUGUGGAUUCAGCGGCAUUUCGUGCUUGAUUACCAUUACAUGGACCAAGAAUUUAAUGGGUCAAGGUCUCAGUGUUCAAAUCGAUGAUUCCACCAAUCAAUCCCUCAGUAGAUUCGAUAUAAAGCCAUGGUUGUUCUCUAAGAGAAGAGGGUCCAAGAAUUUAGAGGUGAACUCUAGUUCAAUUGACAUACAUUGGGACUUGUCCUCUGCUAAAUUUGGUUCAGGUCCAGAACCCCUUGAAGGUUUCUACUUAGCUGUGGUAUGUGACCAAGAAAUUGUUUUACUCAUUGGGGACUUGAGAAAGGAGGCUUACAAGAGGAUAGAUGCAACACCUAAUCCCUCGAAGGCCAUUUUCAUUGCGAAAAGAGAGAACAUUUUCGGAAAGAAGUUUUACGGCGCUAAGGCACAGUUUUUCGAGAAGGGGCAAACUCAUAGUGUCUCGAUUGAGUGUGAUACAGCGGGUAGCAGCGACCCAACCCUUGUCAUCCGAAUAGACAGUAAAGCAGUAAUGCAGGUGCAACGGUUGCGGUGGAAGUUUAGGGGAAACCACACCAUCUUGGUGGAUGGGCUUCCGGUAGAAGUGCUAUGGGAUGUUCAUAACUGGUUGUUUGGUAAUGUGGUUGGGGAUGCGAUUUUCAUGUUCCAAACUUGUCAUUCGUCUGAGAAGUACUUGUGGAGCAGCAGCGAAUCCAUCUCGGAUCAGUCCAUUUUGAGCUGGUCGUGUUCGCAGGGGGCAAGGGAUUCUCAGUUACAAGGUCUUGGUUUCUCGCUCGUUUUGUGUGCUUGGAAGAAUGAAUAGAACCGCUUUCUUUCCUACUCGAGUGCUGAAAUAUUUGGGGUCAGAGUUUCAAAUUCAGAUCGUUGCGACUGUUUGGAAUCCAUAUUAUACGAGAAGACAUCGCUUUCAACAUUCAGAGAGCAUGACUGUCUGGAAUCAAGAUUAUUCAAGAAGACAUUGAUGAGGAAUGUGAGUGAUACUAUAUGAGGGCAUUCCCAUACUUGCCUAUUUUUUCAAUUUAGCUCGAGAAGUUAAUAUUUAAGAAAAUUAGUUGCUCCGAGUUGUGUUUAAAUAUAUGCUUAAACUAGCACAUCCUUGUGAGGCUUGUGUUGUAGCCUUUGAUGUAGGUUGAUCUACAGAUUUUCUGAAUUACAAGGUUUUGGUUUCUAACUAA